AUGGGUUCGACUUCGACCGUCGCAGACACUCGCUUCAAGCUGAACACCGGGGCUGAGAUCCCUGCUCUCGGACUCGGGACCUGGCAGUCAGGUCCUGGAGAGGUCGAAAAGGCCGUGGCCCAUGCCAUCUCCGUUGGAUACAGACACAUUGAUACCGCUUUCGCCUACGGCAACGAAGGAGAAGUUGGCAAGGGUAUCAAGGCAGCCAUCGAGUCUGGAGUUGUCAAGCGAGAGGAACUCUUCGUGACCACCAAGCUCUGGAGCACAUGGCACUACCGAGUGGAACAGGCUCUGGACCAGAGCUUGAAGAACCUGGGACUGGACUAUGUUGAUCUCUACCUGGUCCACUGGCCUGUGGCCAUGAACCCUAACGGAAACCAUCCCAACAUCCCCACCCUUCCUGACGGUUCCCGCGACCUGCACCUCAACCACUCCCAUAUCAACACCUGGAAGGAUAUGGAGAAGCUUGUCGGCAGCGGAAAGACCAAGGCCAUCGGUGUCUGCAACUACAGCAGACCCUACCUUGAGGACCUCCUCGCCCAAGCCACCGUGGUUCCGGCCGUCAACCAGAUUGAGAACCACCCCUGCCUUCCCCAGCAGGAGGCUGUUGACUUCUGCAAGGAGAAGGGCAUUCACAUCACCGCAUACAGCCCUCUCGGCAGCACGGGUAGUCCGCUGCUGACGGCAGAGCCCAUCGUCGAGGUUGCCAAGAAGAAGGGUGUUGACCCGGCCACGGUCUUGCUGAGCUGGCACAUCAGCCGCGGCUCCUCCGUCCUUGCCAAGUCCGUGAACCCCUCUCGGAUUGAGGGAAACCGCAACCUGGUGGCACUGGAUGAUGCUGAUAUGGCCACCAUUGCCAAGUACACGAAUGACUUGGCCUCGAAGAACGCCUUCCAGCGUUUUGUCUUCCCUCCUUUCAAGCUCGACUUUGGAUUCCCAGACAAGAUCGGCCGUGUAUAA